UACGUUAUUUCAAAACUUUGAUUUUUUAGCCUGUUGCUGAUGGGAAUUCGAAUAAUCAAUCAGAAAAAAAUACAUGCGGAACAGUAGCCAUUGUGAAUAGAAUAAACACCUCAAGCCAGAUACAACUUUGACAUUACUUUGUGACUAUGAUAAGCUCUAAAUGUGGUUGUAGUUACAAGGAGAAUCAUCUGGCAGCCGCUGGUCGGUCCGCCUGUGGAUGCCCCAUCAACGCGCAAAAAAUGGAUAAUUUCAAGGUGCCAGCCGUGCCCGUAAGCCGCCCUCUGCAAACCAGCUCCAGAGUUAACGUAAACGAAAACAAAGAACAGCCAGGCAAGCCAGAAAUACCUAUUAAAAAAGAUGACAAGAAAGCGAAGUCAUGGACUCUGUCAGACUUUGAUUUAGGGCGUCCACUCGGCAAAGGUAAAUUCGGAAAUGUUUAUUUGGCUCGCGAGAAAAAAUCUCAAUAUGUCGUAGCAUUGAAGGUGCUCUUCAAAAGCCAGAUUAUGGAUUCUGAAAUAGAACACCAGGUUCGUCGUGAAGUUGAGAUUCAAUGUCGUCUACGUCACCCAAAUAUAUUGCGCAUGUACGGAUAUUUUCAUGACGAGAAACGGGUUUACUUAAUUCUUGAAUACGCUAAACAAGGUGCCCUCUACAAGUUGUUAAAGGAACACAGUCGCUUCGACGAGAGAACUGCUGCUAUUUACGUCAGGGAUUUGACGAAGGCUCUGAUAUAUUGCCAUUCCAAAAAAGUUAUUCAUCGUGAUAUUAAGCCGGAGAAUUUGUUGAUAGGACACAAUUGGGAGCUGAAAAUUGCUGACUUUGGUUGGUCGGUGCACUCUCCAUCUUCAAGGAGAAUGACACUUUGUGGUACUUUGGACUAUUUAUCGCCGGAGAUGAUUGAAGGAAAGCCACAUAGUUAUGCAGUUGACAUUUGGAGUCUCGGCGUUCUGUGCUACGAACUGUUGGUUGGUUUGCCUCCAUUUGAUGCCAGGGAUACUCAUCAGACCUAUAAAAAAAUUCGAUAUGUGAUCAUAAAGUAUCCUGAGUUUGUGUCUGAAAAAGCUAAGGACCUUAUGGGGAAGUUGUUAGUGAUCAAUCCUGAACAAAGGUUGCAAUUGCCUGAUGUUCUUACCCAUCCCUGGAUUGUGGAAAAUGCUCCCGAUGGUGCCGUGCCAAUGUUUGUGAAUGUACAAAAAUAAUGCGGGCAUUGUAGAAUGAAUUUAUCGUUUAAUUUAUGUCGCCAUUGUAAUAUAAUUAUGAAUGUUGUAAUACAAAAUUUCUAAAUUAAAAGCCAGAUUCCAAGUACAGUUAACUGCAUAUCAAGUUACCUUAUAUUGUGACAAAGUUUAGAUUAAAUUUGGGAAGGCUGGUAUGCUGUUGACUUUACCUUUAUCUUCUAUGAUUGUGAUGAGACACAUUUGAUGAGGUUGAUAUAUAAAGUUUUUUAGAGGUAAAAACAACAAAACUGCCAUGUAUAUUUAGACUGUAAUGAAAGACAAUUGACUGAACUAGUUAUUUAUUGAAUUAUUAACAUAAAUAUUAGAUGAUCAUGAUGAAAGUGAAUAGUUUAAAUACAUUUUUGGAUUUAAUAUUGUUUUUUAUUUUUAGCUGAAUAGUAGACAUCCAAAGCGUAUUUGUCAAAUUGUGGAUCCUUUUUUACAAAACA